UCGAGUGGUUUCUACUUUUGACACCGACAGUAGUUAUGAAAUUCCCUAUCUUCUCAAAGUUGACUGACAACCUUGCUGCAAACGAAAAAUAAAAGCCCCUUUCGUUUUUUUCUCUCCGUUCAUCAAAUCCAAUUAAUUGAGCCAAUUAAACCAAUUAAAUCAAAUUAAACCCUGCAGGACAAACUGCAGCCGGCAAAACAAUCUCGCACAUGUGGGAGCAGGAAAAAAAGCACCGUGAAAAAUUCGAAGAAUUGAUAAAAAAACAUCGAGUGCGUCCAACAGCAAUGCUACCCCUAUGGAAUGCAGCUGGGUUUGUUCUCGGUGCUGGGACAGCUCUUCUCGGUGAGAAAGCAGCAAUGGCAUGCACUGUAGCAGUUGAAACUGUGAUCGUGGAUCACUACAACGAGCAAUUGAGAACACUGAUGGAGAGUGGUGAUGUGAAUCAAGAAUUAAUGGACACUAUACGAAAAUUUAGAGAUGAGGAGCAGGAGCAUCAUGAUGUGGGACUGGAUCAUGGAGCUGAGCAGGCACCUUUUUACGAUGCAUUGACGAAUGUCAUUAAGGUUGGAUGCAAAACAGCCAUUGCCAUAUCCAAAAUCAUUUGAGGGGGGAGAAUGAAUCAUCAGUGGAAUGCUGUGUACUUGUAAGAUUAUCUUGGGUGAAAAAGUGAUGAGUGUUACCUCCUUCGCAGUUGGGACCCUGGAAGCCUGGAGGACAGGAGCAAACUCCUGGGGCUGUACAAUUACCUCCAUUCAUACAGGCUGGAUAACACAGAGCUUUUUUACAAUGUGGAGGCCCCAAAUAACCGUCUGGACAUGGGCCAGAAUUCGGCUCUGAAAAGUUAAAUUGAUAGAUUACAUUAUUUCCAUUUUUUUAAGACUUUACAUACUUUAAAAAAAAUAUUCAUUGGAAUGUAAUACCCAAACCAAUAACUGAAGCAUUGACAAUUCAAAUAAAUAAUUUGUCUGAUCUUAUGAAUAAUCUAGAAUUUGUAGUCAAUUGAAAGAACAUUUAUUUUAUAAAUUUAUAUUCAUUUGUUAAUUAGGUAAUAAAAAAUGUUUCAAGAAA